AUGUAUAACGGCAUAGGGCUUCAGACGGCCCGCGGGUCCGGCACCAACGGUUACGUGCAGGCGAACAAAUUCGUGAUUCGCCACCGGCACACGAAGUUCGAGGCGAAAGAGUUUCAGGAAGGCGCGGGAACGGGCGGAAUCAGCCGCAAGGCGAACAAGGAGAUUCUGGAGCACGACCGGAAGCGGCAGAUCGAGCUGAAGCUGCUGCUGCUGCGCGAGACGCUGGAGGAGCAGGGGUACCUGGAGGAGGAGAUGGAGGAGCAGAUGGAGCAGGCGCGCGCGCAGCUCGAGGCCGCCAUGCGCGAGGAAUCGGAGGACCAGGCGCUUGAGUCGCUAGGGAACCAGACACAUCAGAUCGUGGCGCGCAAGGAGAAGAAGAUGGAGACGCUCAAGGCCGCUCUGCGCAUUAACGAGUCUGCUAAAGAAGGGGACGCGCCGGUCGCUGCUGCUCCCAGGCCCCGCCACGACAGCAGGAGCGCGUCCCCCGCGCCCAGGGGUGGCGGGGGCAGGGGGGGAGGUGGGAGUGGUGGCGGUAGGGGCAGGGGUGGGUCUCCAGAGGUUAGGGGGAGGGAGGAUGGGUCUCCAGUGCGCAGGGCUGGGGGCAAGGGCAGGGAUGUGUCUCCUGUUGCAAGGGGCGGCAAGGGGGGUUCUCGAGGGAUGAUGGGCGAGGGCAAGGGGGCAGGGGGGAGGGAUGUCUCUCUUGAGGGCAGGGCCGGCCCAGCCCCCACCACCACAUCCUAG